AUGUAUAGAGAAAGCUUAUCUUUUCUGUUGCAGGAUCUUUCUCCCUUAGAUGCGAGAUAUGGAUCUCCUUGUGUGAUAACAGGGUCACGGCAACUGGGAUCUGAUAUUCAGAUAAGUAACCACACCAGAUCCUCUACACCCUUCCAGUUUCCAUUUUCUCCAUUUGCUGCUGGCUUUCCAAGUAGUUUUGGUGCUGGCUUCCCUGAUAUGGGCAUGGAUGCUUUAAGUCGGCAAAACUGCUCAAUACUGAAUCUCCUCCACCAACAGAGCUUGCUCGCUUCACCAGUAUCGGAAGAUGGUGGACGAUCCCCAUUUGGAACAGUUGGCUCUGGUAUUUUCAGAUGCUCAGUCUGUUUGGCUUCCUUCCCUUCAUCUUGGCUCCUGGAACAACAUUCUGAUUUGCAGCACUCUGUACCAUCUCAAGCUGAAGAUACAGAAAGUGAAGAGAAACCUUUCAAAUGUGAUCAGUGUGGACAGAGCUACAGAUAUCGAUCUGCUUAUUUGAAGCAUAGAGAACAAAACCACAGAGCUCGCUUACCAGCAGACAAGCUCUUCACUUGUGAUGUCUGUGGAAUGCAGUUUCGAUACUUGAAGUCUUUCAAGAAACAUCGUCUUAACCAUGCUCUGGAAAAGUUACACUCUAAGUCUCCUUCAGAAUUUGACAUAUUUACACGUACUAUCAGAAAUAAUGGAAUGCUUGGGGAUCUUCUCGGAGAGAGAGCACUUCGAAAUAGCAGUGUACCUGAAUCUGCGACAGAUUACAGUGGAAAGAUAUUUCCAUUCAUGCAUAAAGGAAAUGAAUCAAACAGUGACAGUACUUUGAAUACAACUGUGACAUCGUCAGAUAAGGAUAUGGAAAAAUCUUCUGCAACACCUACUGCAAGUGCUCCAACUCCAGAAAGCAGCAGUGAACAAGUUUCAAGCUCAAAUGAGGCUGUUGUUCGAAACAUGUCUGAAGAAAAACCGGUCUUGAAUCCCAGUUAUGAGCGCAUACCUAGUGGAUCAUUAUCUAAACUGGGGGGUCAAAACUUGUACAGAUUUCCCCUCAGUGAUUAUUAUUAUGGUGGUAGUGCCAGCACAACAGAAGGAAGCUCAGUAGAAGAAAAGAAAGUGUUUAAAACAGAAAAGACAUCUGAGGCAGAACAAGAUGAAACAAUAGAUUCUAUGACAUUUGCACUGUCUAUGACAUCCAGUGGAAGUAAUACUUUCCGUUCAGCACACGAAGCUUCACUUAUCAAUUUACUUCGCAUGGAUGCUGCUGAAAGACAACGAGAACGUAGGUUUGCUUGCCCAUUUUGUGGCAAGUGUGUGCGAUCAAAGGAAAACCUGAAGUUGCAUGUCCGGAAACAUACUGGAGAGCGGCCAUUUGUGUGUCUAUUUUGUGGACGGGCAUUUGGGGGAAAGAGUGAUUUAACUCGUCAUCUUCGCAUACACACAGGUGAACGCCCCUACCAUUGUGAAAUGUGCGGAAAAUGCUUUGCGAGAGCUGACUAUUUAUCUAAGCAUCUGACCACACAUAUACAUAACUCCCAGCGAUGA